UCCACAGCAAUAACUUCCUCCUUUUACCUCAGGUUGGCAGUUUCUCUUCAUCUAAAAAGCAAAAGAAAUGGGUGGCAAUUCACCAUGCGCUUCCUGCAAGUUGCUUCGACGCCGAUGCGCCAAGGACUGCAUUUUCGCUCCUUACUUCCCCUCCGAGGAUCCCCAAAAGUUCGCCAUUGUUCAUAAGGUCUUCGGUGCCAGCAAUGUAAGCAAAAUGUUGCAGGAGGUACCGGUUCAUCAGAGAGCGGAUGCAGUGAGUAGCUUGGUCUACGAGGCGACUGCCCGAUUGAGAGACCCUGUAUAUGGGUGUGUUGGAGCCAUAUCUUACCUGCAAAACCAGGUCUCUCAGCUUCAGAUGGAGCUUGCAGUUUCUCAAGCAGAGAUGCUAUGCAACAUUCAAAUGCAACAUGAACCAAUAGGGAUGAUGCCUACCACUCCACCACAGAUACUCCCAGCGGAUCAUGACAUGUCUUCAUCAACACCAUCAUUCAUAAAUCUCCAAAACAAUAAUAAUCUUAUCAAUUUUGCUUCUUCUAGCUAUGUAAUCCCUGACUACGUUCUCAAUAGCGAGAGCAUUUCUGGGCAUGAUCACAUGUUUUCUUAAUCAAAUGAAGCUCCAUCAUAUUUCUCUUGUUA